GUUGGUAAGUGGUGAAUUUAGAUUCAAGCAGCAUGGCCAAAUCUAAGGAAAACAAAUUGAAAAAGGUAAAAAUAGAGGAAGAGAAGGUUAAGAAAGUGAAAAAAGUUAAGAAAUCUGAUCCAGAGGAAUCAGUAGAAACAGAAGAGCAGGAAGUAGUGAAAGAAUUCUUAGCAGAUACCGAAGAAUUCGUGUCUGAAGAGUCUGAGGAUGACGAGCCACAGAAGAAAGAUACUCCAGCAUAUGAUCCCGCUGAGGCCAGUAGGACAGUCUUUGUGGGCAAUAUUCCUGUAAAUACUAAGAAGAGUCACUUGAAAACAUUCUUCGGGACUUUUGGCACAGUCAAAACUGUCAGGUUGAGAACUUUUCAUGGGCAGAAAAUUCAGAAUUGCCGACAAAUAAAAAAUCAUCCCUGUGUCACAGCCUACUUGGUGUUCGAUACGGAUGAAGCGGCUAUUGGGGCACAGGAGGCCAGUGGGAAGGUCUUCCGGAAUGCUCAUAUCAGGGUGAUGAUGGCUGAUGGCAAGAAAAAGUACUUCGAUGGGAAGAGAACGGUUUUUGUGGGGAACCUAACUUAUGCCGUGACUGAUGACGAUCUCUACGAGGUGUUCCAAUCGUGUGGGGAGAUUAAGUAUGUCAGGACACUGAGGAAUCCCUUGGGAUGCAAGGGAACAGCCUAUGUGUGCUUUAAGAAUCCGGAAUCUGUAGGCUUGGCACUUGAGCUCAAUCAGACCAUGAUGAAUGAUCGACCAAUUCGUGUGGAGAGGUACAAAGCGAAGCUUAAAGUGAAAAAUGAGGUUCCGGAAAAGGGAAGGCCCGGGAAGAAAUUCCCCAAGAAAAAAGGAGGAAAACCCGAAGGAUUCCGGGCGAAGAAAGACGUGAAGCGUUUGCAGGAUGGAAAGAAGCCCUUUACAAAGAAACUAAAGACAGAAGAAAAAUCUAAGAAGCCUCAGACAAAAGCUCCGGCAGCGAAGAAUAAAGCCAAGAAAAACAAGAAACAUCGCAGCUCGGUGAACAUGAAGCUGGCCAAAAAGCUCAAUCCACAAUUUAAGAAAAAAUCCCAAUUGAAUAAAGAAUAAAUAAAAUCUAGGUUGCCUGUA